GAGUGCUUCAACCUUUGAUAAUGUUGAAGAGUGGAAAUGGAAAUUAACCAUGCUUAUGCGCAAUAAAAAUGAACAAGAAGUGGUGUCAAGGGAAAGGAAAGAUAGACGUGAUUUUGAGCAACUUUCUGCACUGGCAACCAGAAUGGGCUUACACAGUCGUCAAUAUGCAAAGGUAGUUGUGAUUAGUAAAGACCCCUUGCCAAAUUAUCGAUCAGAUCUGGAUGAUAAACGCCCACAGAGGGAGGUGUUAUUGCCUUUCGGAUUGCAAAAUCAAGUAGAUGCUUAUCUCAAAGCACACCUUUCUAGAAAAUCAAUGAACAAGGAAAGGUUUCCAAGAUCAAGCAGUUGCAGCAAUCUUACUACUGAUGGAGGACUUCAUGAGCAAAAGGAGCCAUUGACACCUAGAAGUGUUGUAGCUGAGGGAAUUCUUCGGCGGAAGAGCUUGCAGCUGCAUAAUAAACAAGAAGAUUGGCAGGAAUCUUCAGAAGGCCAAAAGAUGCAAGAAUUUCGGAGAAGCCUCCCAGCAUACAAAGAGAGAGAUGCAUUGUUGGAUGUCAUUUCACAAAAUCAGGUGGUGGUUGUGUCUGGUGAAACUGGGUGCGGCAAAACCACCCAACUCCCUCAGUACAUCUUAGAAUCUGAAAUUGAUGCUGCUCGUGGAGCUGCUUGCAAUAUUAUUUGUACUCAGCCUAGACGAAUAUCUGCCAUGGCUGUUGCCGAAAGAGUUGCUGCAGAACGAGGGGAGAAACUGGGAGAAUCUGUUGGUUAUAAAGUACGGUUGGAGGGAAUGAAAGGGAGGGAUACUCGCCUUCUGUUUUGCACUACCGGCAUUUUGUUGAGGAGAUUACUUGUUGACCGGAAUUUGAAAGGUGUAACUCACGUUAUUGUUGAUGAGAUUCAUGAACGUGGAAUGAAUGAAGAUUUUCUGCUCAUCGUCCUCAAGGAACUGCUUCCUCGUCGGCCAGAAUUGAGGUUGAUUUUGAUGAGUGCAACCCUGAAUGCUGAGCUUUUCUCCUCCUACUUUGGAGCUGCUCCCAUGAUACACAUUCCUGGUUUUACAUAUCCUGUUCGAAGUCAUUUUCUGGAGAAUAUUUUGGAAAUGACUGGGCAUAGGUUAAGUCCAUUUAAUCAAAUUGAUAAUUAUGGUCAAGAAAAGAUGUGGAAAAUGCAAAAACAAGCUCUCAGAAAAAGGAAGAGCCAAAUUACUUCAGCGGUAGAGGAUGCCCUUGAAGCUGCUGAUUUUAUGGAAUAUAGCCCACGGACACAGGAGUCGCUCUCAUGUUGGAUUCCUGAUUCAAUUGGUUUUAACCUCAUCGAGCUUGUGCUUUGCCAUAUAUGUAGAAAAGAAAGGCCUGGUGCUAUUUUGGUGUUUAUGACUGGUUGGGAUGACAUAAAUUCUCUGAAGAAUCAACUUCAAGCUCAUCCACUCCUGGGUGAUCCAAGCAAAGUUUUGCUGCUUGCAUGCCAUGGUUCCAUGGCCAGCUCAGAACAGAGGUUAAUUUUCGAUAAUCCGGAAGAUGGAAUUAGGAAAAUAGUUCUAGCGACAAACAUGGCUGAGACAAGUAUCACCAUCAAUGAUGUAGUUUUCGUGGUUGAUUGUGGCAAGGCAAAAGAGACAUCAUAUGAUGCAUUGAAUAACACCCCAUGCUUGCUUCCUUCCUGGAUCUCUAAGGCAUCUGCACGGCAAAGAAGAGGAAGAGCUGGCCGUGUUCAACCAGGCGAGUGUUACCAUCUCUAUCCUCGAUGUGUAUAUGAAGCUUUUGCUGAUUAUCAAUUGCCAGAACUUUUGAGAACUCCCUUACAGUCGCUAUGUUUGCAAAUCAAAAGUUUAAAACUUGGGAGUAUUUCAGAGUUCCUAUCUAGUGCCUUGCAACCACCAGAACCCUUAUCGGUUCAAAAUGCUAUGGAAUAUUUGAAGAUAAUUGGGGCUUUGGAUGAAGACGAAAAUCUUACAGUGUUAGGACAAAACUUGUCAAUGCUCCCAGUUGAGCCCAAACUUGGGAAAAUGCUCAUAUUAGGAGCUAUUUUCAACUGCCUGAAUCCAAUAAUGACUGUCGUUGCUGGUUUAAGUGUCAGAGACCCAUUCCUGAUGCCAUUUGACAAGAAGGAUCUUGCUGGGUCUGCCAAGGCCCAAUUGUCUGCCCGUGACUACAGUGACCAUCUUGCUCUUGUCCGUGCUUAUGAGGGUUGGAAAGAUGCUGAAAGACAUCAAUCUGGUUGUGAGUACUGUUGGAGGAAUUUCCUUUCUGCUCAAACUCUAAAAGCCAUGGAUUCUCUUCGGAAGCAGUUUUUCUUUUUGCUUAAGGACACUGGUCUGGUUGAUAGCAUGGAAAGUUGCAAUGCAUGGAGCCACGAUGAGCAUUUCAUUAGGGCCAUUAUCUGCGCGGGUCUAUUCCCUGGAAUAUGUUCUGUUGUGAAAAAAGAGAAGUCCAUGCAAUUGAAAACAAUGGAGGAUGGUCCUGUUCUUUUGUACUCGAACUCUGUGAAUGCCCAAGAGCCUAAAAUUCCAUAUCCAUGGCUAGUUUUCAAUGAAAAGGUGAAGGUGAAUUCAGUGUUUUUGCGGGAUUCGACAGCCGUAUCUGAUUCUGUGGUGCUCUUAUUUGGAGGAAAUGUUUCUAGAGGGGGCCUAGAUGGACAUUUGAAAAUGUUACAAGGAUAUUUGGAGUUUUUUAUGAAACCUGCCUUAGCAGUGACAUAUCUAAGCUUAAAGAGAGAGCUUGAAGAACUUAUUCAGAACAAGCUUCUGAAUCCCAAGUUGGACAUGCAUAAUCACAAUGAGCUCCUAUCGGCAAUAAGAUUGCUCAUAUCGGAGGACCAAUGUGAAGGUAGAUUUGUCUUUGGUCGCCAGGUGCCAACUCCCUCAAAGAAGGUAACAAAAGAGCCACCACCAGGAACUCUUGCAAAAAAUGGUGUUGGUGGUGAUAAUUCCAAGAGUCACCUCCAAGAUUUACUUGCCAGGGCAGGACAUCAACCACCCACCUACAAGACAACCCAACUGAAAAACAACAAAUUCCGGGCCGCUGUGAUUUUCAAUGGAUUGGAUUUUGCUGGCAGGCCAUGCAGUAGUAAGAAACUUGCCGAAAAGGAUGCAGCCGCUGAGGCUCUGCAAUGGUUGACUGGAGAGACCCAAUCAUCCCACAAAGCCAUUGAUCAUAUGUCCACAAUUCUGAAGAAAAGCAAAAAGAAACGGCAAGCCACAAAGUGGAGGUAGUUACCUGUAGAAAAUCAAUGGAAGCAAUAUAAUUCCAUUAUCUUCACGAAGGAAGUAGACUUUGCUGGUUGAAGUUUUGGUAGACUGGAAAGUGGUUAAGUUUUCUUGGUCAAUGGUUACGGCCAGUCGGGAUGUUCUAGUCGGUAUUAUCUGAAACUGUUCCUUUGAGCUCACAAGGGUUGAUGACAUCCUUUGAAGCUGGAAAGUGGGGUCCCUGCCUGGCCCAAGUGAAGAACCUAAAAAUUGUUCUUUAGACAUGAGUGCUACCUGUUUCAGCUCUUAGUAACUAACAGAUCUCCAAUUCCUACGGCAUCCGGAGGCAGCCGCCACUUGUGUAUCAUAUUUGCUUGAACAGGUUGAGUUGGUGAAAAGAAUUAGCAAGACGGUAAUUAUGGCAGCGAGGCAUUAACUUGCAUUGGUCACGACCAACAUUCGUGGAUAUAAGUUGGCAUUUUCUCAACGAAAAAGGUACCUGAUUGAAAUUGUUGUAAUUAUUGGCUGGUUGUCUAAUGUUCUGCCUUUUGUGAUUAUUUAUUUGUACCUGAUACAAUACAGAAUUUAGGAGGACAAGUAUACACAGAUCAAUGCCAAUUUUAAUUCCUCAUUUAGGGAAUGGCAAGUGAAUGCACGAAAUUUUGUACAAGCUUGAAAAGAAAUGUUUGAACAUGAAAUUGUUACAUAAGUUUUCCUAGAGAGAGAGAGAGAGAGAUAAUAUUUAAUCUUUAAUCCAAUCUGUGAUGCUACCCUUUCUGUGAAGGAUAAUUGUUAUUGUAUUGUUCUUG